AUGGUCCGUGGAACUGGCAAGUUUAAGCAGAAACGCGGUGGCGGUCGUAACUUCAGCAAGGAUGUAAGCUUCGAUGCGAAUGAACGUGCCAAGGCUGCCCGCAGAGGUGAAGAUGAGGAUGAGGAUGACUCCGAGGAAGGAUCAGAAGAAGGCUCCGAGGAAGAGUCGGACGAGGAAUCUUCUGAGGGAGAACAGCAGGAACUAACUCGCGCUCAACGGCGCGAGAUGAAGAAGAAGCUCGGUCCCAAAGAGAAGAAAAAAGAGGACGACGAAGACGAGGAGGAGGAAGAUGAGGACUUGAUCAACCCCAAUCACGUCAAGAAGAAGAUGAACAUAUCUGACCUCGGUGCACCUCGCGAAUUAACAAGGCGUGAACGGGAACAGAAGGAGAAGCAGGAGGCCCAGGACAAGUACUGGAAGCUACACGUCCAAGGCAAGACAGACCAGGCGAAAGCCGACCUCUCUCGACUGGCCAAGAUUCGUGCUGAACGCGAGGCUGCUCAAGCGAAGAGGAAGGCUGAGGCCGAAGCUAAAGUGCAGGAGGCGGAGGCUAAGAAGCAGGCUCAGCUAGCCAAGAAGAAGACAUAG